GUUACAGGUACCUUGCAAAUGGCUACAAGUUGAGAAUUCAAAAAUGCCUGACAGUGUGCCAUGGCCUGAUAUUUGCAAGUUUAACAGUUGCACUCAACUUGUAUCGUGUUGUGCCUGAUGAUUUGUUCUACAGUUCCUGUUACUUGAAUUUCCUUCAAUGGAUGCAGAAAAAAUUGAAAAGAUGCUGCAGACAUUCAUGAAGCAGCUGAUUGAGGUUGUGGAGACGUGCAAGGCUGAGGUGGAACAGCUGCCCCGUGGUCGCAGCAAUGCUGAGGUUCAGCUUAAGAUUGACCAGUCUCGGAGCCUUGCAAUUAAGCUGGUGUCGUCCACCUUGCCUUCCGAGGAUGAAAUAAGUGAUGCUUACAAGAGACUUGUGUUAGAAGCCUGGUUGAAGAAAGUUGCAGAUGAGGCUGACUCUCACUGGUGCUUCAACCUGCUUGGCUUUGAAGCAUGCAUCAGCCACCUCAGAAAUUUUGCUAGUGAAUAUGCCAUAAGUUUGUAUUCAAAAUUCAUAAUUUUGCUGGAUGAAGAUGCGUCAAGUGGUGCCGCUCAAAGUAAAGCUUCAUCUGAGGCAGUGUCGACCUUGGCUGCUGUGCUGGCCACUUUUAAAGUGACUUUAAACUUUUCUAAGGAGAAAAAUGCCUCCAAUGUGUCUGAGCUUGCCCCGCGUGUACAGGCAGCCGUGUGCCGGUGCGUCCUACAGUUCGGCUCCUCCAGCUUGAUCUUGUCGCGCCUCAGCGCCCUCCUGCUGCAGUGCCCUGCCUUCAUCCCCACCGACCCUGGCGAGGGGGAGAGGCUUGAUCUCCUCCUUAUUGAAGCCGUUGCUAACCUCACCCGCAUACAUGUCAAGACCAUCGACCACAUGACCAACAUCUGCAACCUCAUCUACUACAUAUGGAACUACUCCUCCCUCCAGCACAUAUUCAUGUCACUAAAAUCAAUUUAUGCUAUUAUUGCCAACCGCAGCCCCACGUCGCACCUGAGUCCCGCGCUGGCUCAUGUGCUAACAUUUGUCCCGGAGAAGAUUGUGCGCACCCUCGCGCCGCAUAUCCUGGUCAUGCCAAGCUGUAACUCACACCAAAACUUCAAGAACACGCUGUUCCGCCUCUGUAUCUGGAUGGGUGGUUGGCCUGCGGCGCGCGAGACGCUGGUCUUGUGGCAACGCACUAUCGUCCAAAUCAUGACCCAGAACGGCAUGAUGCACAUCGUCCAGGAGGUCGCCAUCGAAGUUGUCCCUAAGCUGAUGAACCUCAUGCGGUUGCCUGCGAUCAGAGAUAAUCUGCUGGACGCCAUCGCGUUGCUGCUCGUCUCGUGCCAGAGUAACUCCGAUGCUUACCGCAAGUGUUUCAAGUGGCUGUUGCUGUGGGGCGACAUGCUGAAGGCUGAGGACCUGGCUCAUCCUAAGCCAUUGCACGUCAAGUUUUCCAUGAUGUGCCUGGCGCUGGUCAACCUGUUUCCUGACUGCCACGACCUCAAUGACAAGCUGCUGGACCUGAUAGCGGAAUUCCCAGUGCACGACCACAGCGCCGUGCUGCAGUUCAUUGAGGACCACGACUGGGCACGUCACGCGCCCACCGCUGGCGUCAACGCUACCAAGGGACUCGACGCCCGCACCAGCAGCCUGGCCGACCUCAGCGUCGCUGCCGCUCAGGAGGACCAGCAUCACGCCUAUUCGCCCUCGCAGACGGAGCUGCCCGAUGAGAGCAUCGUGCCGCGCGUGAACCGCUUGCCGGCGGGCAUUGACAACAUAGGCUCGACGUGUUACUACAACGCCAUCAUUCAGGCGCUAUUUGGCACCGAUCCGUUUCGUCACGCUGUCGUGACGUCGCAGGACUCCUUGUGUGCCACUCACGAGACGCUGCAGGAGCUGUUCUCGCUGCUGCUCUUUACAGAACAAGCCUCCAUUGAGCCCAGCAAAGCUAUGGUCACCACCGUCGCGCCCGAGUACUUCGAGCCUGGCCAGCAGCACGACGCCUCAGAGUUCCUUGGGCACUUGCUGGAUUCUUUGAAAGAAAGCGAGAAAGAGUGUUUAAAAAAAUCGUAUGAGCGACAUCUACGGAUGGAUGUCAGUCAACAAAACAACAUUUCAAAGGACGCCUCGAAUUCUAUCACAUCAAGAGAUGACAACAGCAUCAGUCGCUCUGGUGAUCAUUUUGGAGAGGAGAGCAACUCUGUUGAAGUGGACAAUCGUGAUCCCGACAAUGCAGAUGAGAAUCAGAACAAAUUUUGUAGCUCAGUGUCAAGUUCUGUUCGUAACGGGCGACGAGACAGCGCCAUUGACAGCGCUAUAUUCCACCCCGACGAGACGAUGGAGACCAACUCCCCGGACAGUUCCAUGCCCUCCAGCAAAUUGGAAGGUUACAAGACUGAUAGUUACCUAAACUGCGACCUAACUAGUCGAGGUGACAGCGAGAGUAGUCGAAAUUGUGCUGAGGUUUUCCGAUUUACAGACGUGAAACAAAAUACUCAGAAGGACGGCUCGAGUUUUACCGAAUUUUUAGAGGGCAGUGAUGAUAUUCAUGAUGUAGUUAGCAGCAACAGUGGAGGCCACGCAGAAAGUAUAAAAAUUGGUCAUGAAAUUGAAAUGGGUUCAGUAGAGACUUGGCUUGAAAGUAGCCCCAAUAACGGCUUUCGUAGGGGCAGUAAAAUCAAGAAUGUGCAAAUAAAUGAAACCGGCGAAAACAUACUUGCCCGCAGCUUCAAUGAGACGUGUGUUGCCGCGCUGUUGACUCCUGACGUAGAACAAGCUGACGAGAAGAGCACGGCGGCAGUGAAGUGUGCGUCAAGUUCACGCGCGGCUUCUCGUAGACAUGGCGGUCGCCGCCACUCAAGUCCCAAACGAGGGGUGCGUGAAAGACGCUGCGACUCCUCCGAUAUUGAGGAAAAGUACAGCAGUCCGGAGGUGCAAGCUGCGAAGAAAGUUAAAGCGAACCUUACGUGUUCAAUGGAAGCCUCGAGUGGAGAAAGUUUAUGGAUGGAUCAUUCAAGUGUGCUUGAUGUUUCUGUGUUGCGUAAAGAUUCAAGCAGCUCCGGUCAUGUACAUUUGAAUACUUCUGACGAAGCGGAAGCUAAAGACUCCCAAAACAGUAUUAUUUUUUCUUCCUCCAGCAGUGGAGGGCACGACGAGACUUCUUCUGGUUACAAUGCGAGUGCCGAAACUUGCUCCAGCCUCGGUGUGAGUGUAGAGGUUGAGAAAAAUUGCACCUCGCUCCCUGAUUUUGUACCGGAAUACUGCCACGAUAGUCUUGAGCUCGCCAAUGAUAACUUGAACCUCGUUAAUGAAGAUGGUCGUACACUCAGGAGUACUGGGAAGUUAAGAAUUUCAAUAGGUGACGACCAUCCAAUAAGUCUUCCUGAUGACGCCGAACGACGCUGCGCUGCUGAAGCGACAUGUGAUGCUGAUGGUCAUCAAGACCCCAGCUUAUUCCUCAUGGGAAAUGAAGAGUCCGCCCUCAUACGUAGCCAGCACAGAGAGCCAAGUGAAUCCAACAGUAUUAACGACGUGUUUAUGAGCGACGUUUCAGCGCCAGUAGACGAAACUUCUAAUGCGGUUACUGGUGACGGAGCCUCAGAUGACAAUUCCGACAGUGGCAUCAGCAUUCAGGAUGAUUUAGCCAACAGCGGCCUGGAUACUGCGUCCACUGUCGGUGGUGUCACUGAGGAAGAAGUCGACGUUGAUGAAGAGUUGAUGGAAACUUUGCCCUCCGCCGAAGACGAGGCUGCACCUGGACCUCUCUGUGAGGAGGUUGAUUCAGUCGACGAGCAUUCCUCGGACGCCCUGCAAACUUUGGUCGAGAACAUUUUUGGAGGCCGGACAGUGCGUCUAACUCACUGUCUUAAAUGUCAUUGUAUUUCAGAAAAUUAUGAUGAUUCAUUAGAUUUGAAAGUGUCUUUCGAAGAUUGCCCCGAAAAAAGGAAUAGUAUUGUGUCACUUGAUAUAUUAAUCAGUCAUUCGUUGAAGAAACAAGAACUAUCAGGUUCUGAACAAUAUUUCUGCGAGACCUGUGAUAGUAAGCAAGACGCCGAAAUUCACACGGCCAUAGUUAAAGCCCCUGAGUUUCUUAUUUUAGCUCAAAAUAGGUUCAUUUACAACAGUUCGACGAAUGAAGAAAGUAAAAUUCUAACGCGAGUGGAUUUUGAGGAUCACCUCGAAGUGCCUGUUUGGGACGUAGCGAGUCUCAAAGAAUGCAUCAGGUCCGCGCCUCAACAAUCUCUGGGCGACAAUCAUUCGAUUUUGUUACCGCCCAUUGAUGGACCGACAACUAGUACGUCUGACGACGAGAGCAGUCUUGUGAGUUCGUCUCAUCCUGAUACAAUUAUUACGUCGUCACUGCAUGACCGAACAGAGAAACUUUCUCUUAACUUAUCGGACGUUUCUCUCCCCGACCCCGCUUCGUUGCCAAUGGAAGUCGACAACGAUUCAGGGGAACAUUCUUGUGAUCAAAAUGUUCUUGACUACGAUAGUAAAUUUGAUACCUUACACGAACCCAAUGGCUUGAAUGAUAAUGAUUUACCGUUAAAAAAUACGUCCUCCGACGUUGUCGAGCGCCUUACUACCGAAAACAAUCACGAGACCACGACGAACUCCAUUGAAAGAGAAGCAACUUUGAAUGUCAAGAUUUCAAACGUUGUUGCAGCCUCUAGUGAGGUGAAGAAUGUAUCCAGUGAAUGUAAUGGUUCUGCAGCAUGCAAAAAUAACUACGAUAAUAUGUUCCGCGACUUUGACUCGCAAGUCAUCGAAAGGCCAUCAGUAAGUCCGGAUGAGAGAAAUAGUUCAGUUGAGAACGGUUCUGUUCUUAAGCCGUGUCAUGAAAGUGAAAUGGACUCGUUAGAAUCUCCAGACCAAGCUACCGCCCCGGGACCAGAAUCGAGCCCCAGGGAAGAUUCUGUAUCUCAAGCGUUCAAAUCCUUAGCUGCAGAGCCGGCAAACAGCUGCGAGCACCCCGGAUUUGUCAAGGAGCGCUACGUUCUUUACGCCAUCGUCGUCCACUCCGGCAAGAUCAGUCGUGCUGGUCAUUACUAUUCCUACGUCAGAAGCUCAUCUGCAGCCGUGGCUUCAAGUAUUGGAACUGAAUCUGCAUCUCUCACACGCGGUUGUGGUUGGGCGGAGCUCAACGACAGCAAAUCAUACUCGACGAGUUUCAGGGAGAUCAAGUCUUCCCUCACUGGCAGUGCUAGAGACUGCGCCCCAUACCUUAUGUUCUAUCAGAAGGUAUCUGACAGCGCGGUUACGGCACCAACUCGAGUAGAGGAAGACCUGAAGAGCCUUCCACAGCACCUUCAGGAGGUGGUGCGGCGCCACGUGCACCGCCACCGCCAGAAGGACAGUCACACACGCCGCCUCAACAGCAGCCACAACACCGACGGCAGCGCCGGAGGAGGUUCCCCAAGAGGUGGUGGUAAAACCACUGGCUGUGGAGGAGGCUCGGCUUUGGAUGUCGUUAGGUUUAUUUAUUAACGCGGUCUGCUUUAGGACGAACAUGAAGCUGCUGUCAGUGAGUUUCAAGUGCCUUUUGUUAUAAGAGACUCGAUAUUUUCUUUGUAUAUUGAGCUCAUCUUCUAUUUUCUAACUUAGAUUUUUUACUUCUUUCUAAUUUGUUAGUUCAUAGAAAAACUAAGUCAUUUAUUUCCUGGUCAAAACUCGGUGCAAGUUUGAGUUUCUUACUGAAGCAGGGAAUUCAGGUAAUUAAUAUAGCAACAAGCGCGCCCGUAGCAUGUACUCGGACCUGGCAUUCAAAGCCGUCGUAUCUAAGGUUUUGAGACAGGGUGUCCAUGCUCUUGCUGUCGCUUGGUCGCUUGUGUUUCUUGAAAGCCGUUAAAGUUAAUUUCUAUUAAUCUCGCGCUUUGACUCGUUGUAGAACCAACCUCAUUGCUGGGCGUCUUUUGACUGCUUGAACUCUUGACCAAUAUUUGUAUGUAUUUACUUAUUAUUCAUAAAGAUUCCCGGAAGGUCAUUGAUAUCACGUUCGAAUAUACUUUAUGAAUAAACCAAUGAGAAAUAAACGUAAUAAAUUUAAUAAACAUAGUAAUUUGCGGACGGUUCUGACUGAAAACUUGUCAUUGGCCAAUCCAGGUCCUGGUCUGUAUUGCAGUUCUCUAGCAACAUUAACGAGUCUCUGGCAGUGAACGUCAAGUAGAUCAAUAUUUGCGACGUCAUUGGAAGUUCUUGCGUUGCUGAUAAUUACUUCUAGCUGCCAAGCAUCAGUGAAAAAUUAUUCAAAUUUUCACGCUUCGUUUAAUAAUUAUUGAAAGUUUCAGGCGCCACUUAUCAAUUCGAAGUUUCAUGGGUUUUUGAAUAUUCAUUGAAAGUUUCAUACGGCAGUGAACUUUAAUUUGAAUUUCCAUUUCCUUGCGAACUUUAAUCUGAAGUUGUAUUUGUUCUCUGGUACUUAUUUGAUAAUGUUGCGAAAAACCAUCGCACAUUCUACCCAAGAUCGACCAUCUUUCAUGCCAGCUUGACCUCAGUUCUUGUCUGCUGGUUUGACUUGACUCUCCGUCCUCUCACUGUGCCCGAGCUUAAUACACGUUCUAUCACGCGCCACUGACAGAAAUAUUCAUCUUAACCUAAUACAAAAUUUAAAAUCGUAAUUAAAUGACGGACACGUUCGAUUCUAGUGAGCCAUAACAUAGUUUAUUAGACCACCUUAUGAAUAUUUUCAGCUACACUUUAAUGCCUGUAGUCAUCGCCGUUGCUCUGUAGUGUUCUCCGUCCACCUAUUGGUCGCAGUAUCUUGUCAGUCCUGGUUGUAAAUGAAGCUUAACUCCGGUUAGCAAGCUCAUACAAAUUGAUCGUGUAUAAAAUAUUUUCAUUUAAUGCAGCCAACUUGUCGUUGGUGGCCCGAUCGUGAGUUUAAUUUAAUGUUGCCUUAACAUAGGAGGUGCUCAUGUGAGUUACUGAUAAGAACUGAGCUUGAGUUGCCACAUCUUCUUCGCCGUGUUUAAGAAGUCCACUUACGACAAGGCCCAUGUGACAACGGGCUCACCUAGGGGCGGGCUAGCUAGACCAUGCGUUUUGUUAAUUACAAUUAGACAUUUUCUGGGUUCAUAUUCUUAUAUGGUUGUUUUUCUUUGCAUAAAUGUCUUCCUUCGCGAUGAAUCUAUUUUAAGUCUCACAAACUACGGGCUUAGCACGUUAGGAAUUUUGGAAUGUUCGGCAGUGCGGAAGUCUGUUUCUUAAUAUCUGGGGCGCCCAGUCGUCAGGUCUCGUCUGCCUGGAACCGCUGCUUGUGUUCACAAUCGUAGCGGGAUAGUGGAGUCAUUGUGAUAUUUUUCUUAGGAUUAAUUACUUGUAAUCGGAACACAUUUAGCUUUAUUUCGUUCGGUAUUUUUUUUUUGUCGUGUCGAGUGGGUGUCAUGAACUCUUAGCAUGCUUGUGAUAAAAAUGCUCUGCGAUCUUUGAAGGAAUUUGUAAGGAAUAUUUUUUGAUAGAAAUUUUCUCUCCAUCCGCCUUAGCGAGUCAGGGCCUUCUUUUAAUAUUUCACGUUUGAUUACAGGACUUGAAUUGUCCCUCAAUAUGUUGGGUAAAGAACAUGUGGUACUUUUUUUUUU